AAACGAUCGAGUUCAAUCGAAUUUAAGCGAAUUGUAAUCGAGAAACACUUUCAUAAGUUCUAUGAUUGCUGCUAUUAUUUCUGGUGAAUUGUCGAUAACAUAGAGCAUGACGUGUAAAUGGCAGAACCCUAACGUUUAUUGGACAACUUGAAACGUAUUCGCGUGAAACGUAUGUAACUGAGGACGUGUACUGCAUACGUUAAAUAGUUAUACGUAUGUAUAAUGUCGGUGAAGAGCGUUCGAUGACAUAAAGCAAGAAAUUAAUCACGGCGAUGUUAAACAGAUUAGUUAAGACGAUAGAUGUAAAAUGGCGAAAAUCGUAGUGACAUCCGAAUCGGUGUCUACGAUUUUAGUAUGUGAAUAUUGUACUAACCUCACGUUUAAACACAUUCAAGAUUUUAUUAGACACUUGAGAGAUCAACAUUGUUCUAGAGAAGGUGGAUCAUAUGUGUGUUUGUAUGGUUAUAAUGGAGUAUGUACUAGUCUUCCAGUGGAAGGUGUUUCGGAUAAAGAUUAUGUAGCCCAUGCAACAAAGCAUGCAACGAUGCAGCACCAACGUAAAAGUAAUGGUCAGUUGCUAGAGCCUGGCACAACUUGGACCGUUUAUUCGGCUAUACAAAAUCUACCUGCAGUGUUAAAUGAUCCAUUUAAAGGAAAACAAAGUAAUUUCUUUACUCGUACAUGGGGCGAUGGGUUUGUAGAAAAAGUGGACAUUCCAAAAAGUCCUUAUCUUCCCGAAGUUACUAUGCAUCACUUUGAAAUAUAUUUGAAAAAAAUUACACGUAGAUACCGUAAACACUCACGGAUGAUUUGUAGUGUGACCAGACCAACUACUCCAAAUGAAUUAUUACAGAAUUUACCAAAUUUAAAAAGAGUUAAAUCACUGGAUCGAAGUCAAUUUGAUUUAUCAAAUAUUCCAAAAAUAUUUUUAACACCAAAUUUAGAUCUUUCACAAAGAGAAAAUUUCGAAGCUGUAUUUCCAUUUGCGAAGGAUGGCCUACUAGAUAAGGAAUACAACGUAGUGUCGCAUGUUAAACAGAUGCAAGAGAAGCUAACUCACUAUUUAGAUACUGUAGAAGUUAGAAUAGCAGAACAGGUAGCCUCUAAAUCUCAAGCAUUCUUUAAUGCAAUGACCUCUCAUGACGCUUUAAUGGAGCAGCUGUCUCAAACUAUCACUGUAUUAAAAGCGUUAAGAGAAAACAUCCACCAAGUUGACAAAUAUCUAGUCAAAGAUUCUCUGAGAGUUUUGCAAUUGGAAAGAGCUCGGACGAAUCGAUUUUUAGUACAUGAAAAAUUGAAACUGAUGGCAACUGUACAUCAAAGCCAACCAAUGAUACAAUUAUUACUUUCUACACCAGACUAUGUCGCAGCAUUGGAUCUUAUAUCUACGACACAAGAGAUUUUACUGCAAGAAUUAAAUGGAGUGCAUAGUUUUCGGCAUUUGAGUUCUCAAUUAACAGAAAUGGAAAAACUUGUCGAUAAAAUGCUUACAACAGAAUUCCAAAAAUAUGCUACCGCAGAUUUGAAUAGACCAUUAGGCGAAGAAGAUAUUGUGUUGGAUGCAGAUAAACUUGUUUCCAUCAUUUCUGGACUACUGCGUCAAAAACAUUUUCACUUUGUGGAUACUUACAAAGAGGAGGCUGUGACUACUGUGAGAGCUAUAACAAAGCAAAGAGUUAUAGAAGCUCUUGCAGCAAGCGAUUGUUGCAGUGAUCAACAAGCAGCAGCUCUUGAAGUAGGUGGUCUUUCCCAUGCAGAAAGGUUGACCUUGCUUCACAGUACAAUAUAUUCUCUUACAAAGUUGCUAGUGCGCGUUAAGGCUGUUCAUGAUGUAAUGCGUGACACUGCAGACCUAUCUGCUGGACGUACAGUCGAUGGUUCAUACGAUGAAUCUAUGCCUGAUCGUUUGUUGACACAAGAUGAACAUGUUCGUGUAACUACAAAACUCACUGAUAUGCUUAUAUCUGUCUGUGAUUACUGCCAUGAACGUCUGGGAAAUCUGCUUUCCGCAGGUACAAAUGAAAAAGAUAAGUUGCAAAAUGAGAAAGAUAAUAUACCUGAAAGUUCAUUAAAUAAGAUUGAAGAUAAGGAAAAUCAUACUCCAAUUGAAAAAACAUCUUGGUUAAGUGAUAGAGCGACGACAACUCAAGUUUGUCAGUUAGCAAAUAUAGUAGAAGAAUUUACAGAAGUAUGUGAAAAAUUUUGUGGUAAACAGUGUACUGCAUUGCGAUCUGCAUUUAAGGCACAAGCAAGCAAGUUUGUACAAAAAUUCCAUACAGAACGUAAAACAAGACUUACUCUCUUAUUAGAAUCAGAAAGAUGGAAACAAGCUGAUGUUCCACCAGAAUUUCAAUCGUUGGUAACAUACAUUUAUCAAGAAAAUAAAUUUCCCCGUGGCCCAUUGAAACGCGAUGAUGAGGUAAAAAAUGAUAUUACAGAAUCGUUUAUUAUAGUAGGAGAAGAAAGAUUUGCAGUUGUCGCUACUGCUUUAAUGCUGAUACAAAUGAUACACGAAUAUUGCAGAACUAGCAGUGAGUUAGUAGCAUUGUCAGGAACUAUUGGACGGCAAUUAGCAGAAUUAUUACGGCAUUAUAAUUCUCGGUGUUGUCAACUUGUUUUGGGUGCUGGGGCGAUGCAAGUUGCAGGCUUAAAAACUAUAACAAGUACAAUUCUUGUAUUGGCGGCACGUAGUCUGAAACUUAUUUUGUGGUUUAUGCCAUAUAUUAAAAAACAUUUUCAAGAGCUUGUUGAACAAAAUCCUAGCCGCGGAGUUGUAGGUAUGCCAAGCGUAAGUGGUGGAGUGGCAUUAUUAGAUAGCGUAGAAAGGGAUAUAAGGGCCCAUAUAAGAGAGAUUGAAGGAAAAAUUUUAACUAUUGUUGACAAUUUGCUAGGAGGUCAAAUAUCAAAAUGGAAUGCAAGGCCACCUGUACCAUCGAAAUCAUUUAGAAAUAUUUCUAGUUAUCUCAUAAAGCUUCAUGAAGCUGUCUCUGGGAUUUUACCACCGACUGAAGUCGAAUCACUUUAUCGUACGGUAAAUACGUCAUUUAAAGAAAAACUUAGGGAGCAAUUAGUAAAAAUGAAUAUAGUGAAUAAUGGUGGUCCACAACAUGGGGUGGUUACUUUAGAACUGACGUUUUAUCUUGAAGCAUUAAGAAAAUUGAAGGUUUUACCAAGCGAAGAAUUAAAUGAUGAUUGGAUGAGUGAUAUAUGGACUAGAUAACAUGCAGAGCGUGUAAUAUAUUGCAUAAUAGAAGCAUUGAAAUACUAUAGAAAAAGGUGACUAAUUUGUACAAUUGUCUUCCUCCAUACAAAUUACAGAAUUAAUAUAUCUGAAAAACAUCAAUUAUAUGGAGGUGAUAAUGAAAUAUUGCUUGCACUGAACUUUUUCACUUUUGCACUUAACUAUCUUAUACUAAAAAGAACUAUGUUCAGUGUAUUUUUCAAGGGUUGUAGAAGACGAAUUACUAUUCUCUUUAAUUUAUGCUCAUAAAAAUGAUAAGCAACAAUUUUAUGAAUGAAUGAAAUGAUGAACUAUCUUAAAGACACGACUAAAUAAAACAAUACAAAUAAUCAUAGUUUUUAAAAAUGAUGUUCACGACAUUCGCUGUUUAUAUUCUCGUAUUAAAGAAGUAGUUUUAAUGGUAGAUUUGAUUAUACAUAUUUUAUGUCUGUUAAGCAUUUCUACCUACCAUAGUGUUCAAAGCAUUGUGUCAUAGGACAAAUAUAAAACAAAAUAUUGUGUAGAUCGGAAGAUAUAAAUAGUAACAAGUAUCGUUAAAUAUCCGCCUAUAAGCAUUCUCAUUUUUCCAUCGAAUAAUAAAUUAUUGCCCUGAUUUAGGACUGAAUAUACAAUUUUUUUAAUCAAAUAAUAAUAUUUAUAUAAAAAGAAAAAGGGAAAAAAGAUACAAUCAACGUGUUGAUAUUGUCAAUAUGAUUAUUUCUAAGUCUUUUCUUGUCUGUUAUCAUCAUCAUAAUCAUCAUCAUCAUCAUUAUUAUUAUAUAAAAAUUAUUAUGAUUAUAAAAAUGCUAAUGUAUGGUGUCUUGCCUGUUUUCGUUUUUUAGUAUUUGUGUGCAAUAUCUGGAAGGAAAAUAUAAAAAAGAAAAAAAAAAAAAGUAUUUAUUAAGAGUAAGCAUUUAACAUUAUUAUAAGAAUCUUUAGAUAAUUCGCGUAUAAUUUUUUCAUAGUAUUCUUUUGGUAAUGAUUCUCAAGUUUAAUGUCUCAAGUUCGAUUUCAAUUAAAGAAAGCACCUUCUAUUUAAUUCAAUUAUCUCUGCAUUAUGUUCAUUCCCAGGACGUAAUGUCACAAUUUAAUUUAUUAUAAUUAAGAUUAUAAAUAAGAUUGAUUGUGCUGUAGAUGGACCAAGGGCUAGGCACUAAAUUGUAAAUUAUACGUAUACUAUCUAUGUACUUAAUGGGCAAGAUAAAGUACGUUGUUUUCGAACGAACAUUUCCUAAAAGUAUAUAUGAAAAGUAUUAACAAAUUUAAAAAUUUGUGUCAUGAUGCUUCUGAGAUGUUCAUUUAUAAAUCUGUAUACUUAUAAAUAUAUAAUCAAACCGAUUUUUUCUCGGUACUUGUUGCUAACCGUUCGAACUAUCAUACAUUACAUUAAAUUCUAAAGGAAGAUAAUAUUUAAUACAUCCUUAAAACGUUAUUUUCGUAUAAUAUUUUUGUGAAUACAAUUUUCAUUGUAACAAAUACGAAGAGAUCUUACAUUAACAAGGGAUUAUUCAUUGUCCAAGUUAUUCGCUGAAUUAACUAACAAUAGAUUUUCAGUGGUUAUUGUAUUUUUGGAUUCGUAUAGCGAAUAGAGAAACAUACACAAUAUCGUGCUUUUAAUUUUAUUUAUAGUGAUUGGUGUUAAGAAAGAUCGAUUGACUACACGUGUUAUUUUUAUUACGCUCGUGCUCGAAAAUGUUUCAAAUAUUUAUGAAGGUUUUUAAUUACCACGCAAUAUCUAAAAAGACGUAUCUUUUAUUUAUAUACAAAUAUACCAGCGAAUUCAAUUAUUCUUAUUGUAAUGCUUCUUCGAGUAGAUGCUAAUCGCCAAUUGCGAGUCAUACAUUCCAUUGUCUCCUUCGUAUAAUCGGAUGUGUAUAUACAAAAAUUAAUGAAUCAAAGAAAUAAAUGAAGCAAUUGAUUGUAUUUUAUUUUAUGCAAAGAAAGUUUAUAAAUAUUGAAUUUUAUGUACAAAGUAUCAUUUAGCUGCGAAGGGAAUUUUUCUUGAAUCAAUUGAUGAGAAAAGAAAAAACGAUCUAUUCGAAGCUGGUCACCAUUCAAAAAUAUCCUUAUGGAUUUCUUCACCAAGACUGAUGAUCUGCGUUAGGCCAUAGCACGUACGAAUCGGUUGUUUCUAUCUAGCAAGGGUGGAAUAUUUACAUGUAAUAAAAUGUACCUUAUAUAAUGUACUGCGAAGGCUAUAUAAAAAAACGAAUAGUAUAAAGUCUA